AUGUUCUUCACCAAGUCGUCGGCCGUCAUGCGGUCAACGAUUGGUUCGGUAGCUGCCGGGAUCACCCGAUCCACAACGCCCCUUUAUGCACAAAGACAAAUCCAGCCAUCAAGAUCCACUACCGUGAUAGCCGUACGCAAGGAUAAUUCAGUAACGGUAGUCGGUGAUGGACAAGUCACUCUGGGUGCCACUGUUGUCAAGCCAAAUGCUCGCAAAGUUCGCAGGCUUGGUUCAGAAAAGAAAGUCAUUGCUGGUUUCGCAGGCGCCACAGCGGACGCGCUCACGCUUAUAGAUCGACUGGAGGGUAAGCUCGAUGAACAUCCAGAUCAUCACGAUCAGCUUUUGCGGGCUUGCGUCAGCUUGGCCAAAGAUUGGAGGAUGGAUAAGUAUUUGAGAAGGCUCGACGCUUCGUUGCUUGUAUGCGACGAAUCCAUAUCUCUGUAUGUCACGGGCACGGGAGAUGUUUUGGAAAGCCCCGACGGAAUCAUCGGAAUUGGUUCUGGGUCUUCCUACGCUAUUGCGGCAGCGAGAGCACUGCUGCCAAUUGACUCCAUGUCAGCGGAAGACAUUGCAAAGAAAGCUCUUGCAAUAGCUGCAGACUUGGACAUUUACACCAACCACGGUGUUAUCUCAGAAUCCAUUUCCACGACUCCCCCGCAUGCGGAAAAGAAAGACGACUCAUAG